AUGAGUGAGACUGGCGCUCCAGCGAGCGCUUCAACCAAAGACACCGCCCUCCCCGACCGCACAGCAGCCAUGGACGCUGGCAACCCCUCGAAGGAUGCCCCGCAGAAAGCAGACAGGGCAAAGGGCAAACCUGCAGCCGCUGAGAAGCCGCUGCCAGAUUUCAUCAUACAGCGAAAUGAGCUGUUCGACCAGCUAUACAAGGAGAAGGUGGAGGAACUCAAGAACAAACCUCGGUUCGACAUCACCGUGACGCUGGAAGUGGGGGAUGGUGCACCAUCCACGGUUAUUGCGCAGGCAUGGCACUCUACUCCAGGCUCGUUUCUGAAGGAUAUACCCAAGGAGCUCAGCUCGAGCGUGGUUAUUGCUAAGCUUGACGGAAAGGAGCUCUGGGACUUGGAUCGCCCGCUUGAGAGGGAUUGUCGCAUUCGUUAUCUUCCCUUUGACUCAGUGGAGGGUAGAGAAGUGUUCUGGCAUUCCAGUGCCCACGCUCUCGGUGAAGCUUGUGAAUGCCAAUACGGAUGUCUCCUGUCACACGGUCCUCCCACUGCUCAGGGUUUCUUCUAUGAUAUGGCAAUUCCCGAAGGCGGCGUUGUCACCCAAGCAGACUAUCCAUCAUUGGAUGCUAAAACCGCAAAGAUUUUCAAAGAAAAACAAUCCUUCGACAGAUUGGAGGUUUCAAAGGAGAAUCUGAAGAAAAUGUUUGGCUAUAGCAAGUAUAAGCUGCACUAUAUCGACAAUCUUAUUGAAGGAGAGAGCAGCACUGUCUAUCGAUGCGGAACUCUCGUGGACUUGUGCCGAGGACCCCAUAUCCAGAACACGGGCAAAAUUAAGGCCAUGAAGAUCACUCAGAACUCCUCUGCCUAUUUCCUGGGUGAUCAGACCAACGAUGCCCUGCAACGGAUACGUGGUGUAGCUUUCCCAGACAAGAAACUGCUACAAGAGCAUCUUAAAUUCCUGGAAGAAGCAGAGAAGCGAAACCACCUUAAAAUAGGCAAGGAGCAAGAACUCUUCUUCUUCGAUGAAGUUUCCCCUGGAUGUCCCUUUCUGCUUCCCAACGGAACUAAGAUUUUCAAUGCCCUACAAAAACUACUCCGUACCGAGUAUCGGAAACGAGGAUACCAGGAAGUUCAGUCUCCCAACAUGUAUGAUGUCGGUAUAUGGCGCCAAUCAGGCCAUUGGGCUCAUUACAAAGAUGACAUGUUCAAACUUGACGUUGAAAAACGUGAUUGGGCCCUGAAGCCAAUGAACUGCCCUGGUCAUUGCAUCAUGUUUGGCCAUAGAGAGCGAAGUUACCGAGAACUACCAUUACGAAUGGCAGAUUUUGGCGUGCUUCAUAGAAACGAAGCAUCUGGUGCUCUGCACGGAUUGACUCGAGUCAGAAAGUUCCAACAGGAUGACACUCAUAUUUUCUGCACCGACAACCAGAUCAUGGAAGAGAUCGAGGGACUCUUCGAUUUCCUCCGCGCCAUAUAUGGCUUGUUUGGUUUCAGUUUCAAACUGAAGCUCUCUACCCGACCUGAGAAAUACCUCGGAAAGCUCGAGACCUGGGACUUUGCCGAAGCUCAAUUGCGAGAAGCUCUCACAAAGUUCAAGGGUGCAGACUGGGAAAUUGACGAAGGUGAUGGUGCCUUCUACGGACCAAAGAUUGAUAUCACCAUUUCCGAUGCUCUGAAGCGAGAACAUCAGUGUGCAACUAUUCAACUCGACUACCAGCUACCUCUUAAUUUCAAACUCGAGUACAUGACUGGAGAGGCUGUUCCUAAAUCUGCUGCUCCAGCUACGUCCAAGGCCGAGGCUAAACCAGCGGAGGGCGACUCAAAUCCAGCUCAAGCCCAGCCCUCAGAUUCCUCUACCCCAGGCCCAGGCAGAGCUAGACCCGUUGUGAUCCAUAGAGCUAUCAUUGGAAGCUUUGAGCGUUUCUUUGGAAUUUUGAUAGAGCAUUUUGGUGGAAAAUGGCCAUUCUGGCUUAGCCCCCGACAGAUUUUGAUUGUCCCUGUCAUGGCCAGUGCCAACGACUAUGUCGAAGAACUUCAGGAGAUUCUUCGAGGCGAUAAGUUGAAUGUCGACAUUGACCUUAGCGGCCACACUAUGCAAAAGAAGAUUCGAAAUGGUCAACUGGCACAGUAUAAUUUCAUUUUUGUUGUGGGCGCUCAAGAGAAGGAGUCUCGUUCAGUUAACAUUCGUAACCGUGAUGACCCUAGUUCACAGACCAAGGGCAGUCUCGUACCCCUGGAGGAGGCUAGGGCUAAACUGCGCGCUCUCCGAAAGGAACGCCGCCUGGAGAAUACACUCUAG